AUGUCUCAACAGCGGAGCGUAUCCCCAAACACCGGCUGUGAGGCGGUGACGCAGCGGACCAUGGACAACAGGCCUGUCCGGAGAAGGAGAACCGGUGCUGUCCGACAUCUGCUGCUGGCAGCCGCCUUCCUCGCCUGCAGCUCCCAACUGCUGGUGGUGGAUGCCAACUCGUGGUGGUCACUGGCUCUGACCCCGAUCCAGCGGCCGGAGAUGUACAUCAUCGGAGCGCAGCCUCUCUGCAGUCAGCUGUCUGGACUCUCUCAGGGCCAGAGGAAGCUCUGCCAGCUGUACCAGGACCACAUGAUCCACAUCGGGGACGGAGCCAAGACUGGAAUCAAGGAGUGCCAGUACCAGUUCAGACAGAGGAGGUGGAACUGCAGCACCGUGGACAACACAUCUGUGUUCGGACGGGUCAUGCAGAUCGGCUCCAGGGAAACGGCCUUCACUUACGCCAUAAGCGCGGCGGGCGUGGUCAACGCCAUCAGCCGGGCGUGCCGCGAGGGCGAGCUCUCCACCUGCGGCUGCAGCCGGGCCGCACGACCCCGUGACCUCCCGCGCGACUGGCUGUGGGGCGGCUGCGGCGACAAUGUUCACUACGGCUACCGGUUCGCACGCGAGUUCGUGGACGCCAGGGAGAGGGAGAAGAAUUACCCCCGCGGGUCGGCCGAGCACGCCCGCACAAUGAUGAACGUGCAGAACAACGAAGCAGGGAGACAGGCCGUGUAUAAUCUCGCCAACGUGGCCUGUAAGUGUCACGGAGUCUCGGGCUCCUGCAGCCUGAAGACCUGUUGGCUCCAGCUGGCCGACUUCAGACGCGUCGGGGAGUUUCUGAAGGAGAAGUACGACAGUGCCGCCGCCAUGCGCACCGGACGCAAGGGAAAGCUGGAGCAGGUGGACAAGCGCUUCAACACCCCGACCCCGGAGGACCUGGUCUACAUCGACCCCAGCCCGGACUACUGCCUCCGCAACGAGACCACGGGCUCCCUGGGCACGCUGGGCCGCCUCUGCAACAAGACCUCCGAGGGCAUGGACGGCUGCGAGCUGAUGUGCUGCGGCCGGGGCUACGACCAGUUCAAGACCUACAAGCACGAGCGCUGCCACUGCAAGUUCCACUGGUGCUGCUACGUCAAGUGCAAGCGCUGCACGACGCUCGUGGACCAGUUUGUGUGUAAAUAGCGCACAUGACAGACAGCGGGGGGAAGGACGGAAGAGGGUGGAAAAGGAGGAGAGGAGGGGGGGGUGGUGGGAUGAUGGAAUGUGACGGAUCCAGGAGGGUGAUUUUUUUCAGGGUUUUGUUUCGGAUGAGUCGAGACGAUAAGUUCCAUUAUCUGACAAAGCUGCUCUUAUCUUUUUAUUUCCUUCUCGCCCUCCGAUGAGAAAACACUUUUUCACAUGCAGUUGCAGAAGCUGCUGCGUGGCCAUGUUUGUGUGUGUGUGUGUGUGUGUGUGUGUCUGUGUGUGUAUGGGGUUGUGUGAACCGCCGAAUGAGAGAUGGAUGGCAGAGGAUGAACUGGACGUCUUCCACGCUUUUUCACGACGGCUCUCUGAGAUUCUGGUUUUCCCAUCACUCCUGUCAUCACCACAUCCCGAUCACAGCCCUGAAGGAUGGAGGGAAGGGAAGGGAGGACAAAGAAAAAGGAAAUGACUAGCAAAUGGGCUGAUGGACUUGCAGGUGAAGGUGGAACAACUGGACCCCCCCCCC